UACUGAUAUAAUAAUAUUCUCAUUUCUUUGCCCUUCCAUAAGAAGAGGUCAAGUUUUAAAGCCAUGAAAAUCGUGGAUUUCUAUGUCAGUGUCUUACUCUGAUUCUAAAAUAACAUUUUGGGGGGUUUUGCUGGUAAAAAUCUACCUGAAUGAGAAAGAAUACAUAGACUCAACAGUGAGCUGCGGUGACCUUUCAGGUGAAGUGCUCGUGGACCUUCUGCUAUCUCAGGUAGGCUUCAAGUGUGUCAGAUUUAAGCCCACACGUGUGUGUCUUUAAAUGUUAAGUACAGAGUUCUGAGGGGUCUGAAGCUUAUGCAACUCGCGGAGACUUUAGGAAAAUGCAGUGAGCCAGGUGUGGGCCCUCGGGCUGUGCGUGGGAGGGGCCUUGAAGCCUGGCUUCCUUCCCUUCCUGGAAAAUCCACCUGAUUAACGAGACAGACCGGAAUUUAUAAACACGCGUCUCCUUCUCUGACUUCUGACGGAUAUACAUGCGUGUCGUCUCGUGUUUGCAAAGAUGAGUCAGUCCAGCCUGUGACUGGUGCCGGGUUUGGGUCGGAACCACGGGCAAGUGCUGUUCUUUAGUCAUCGCCCCCUUUGGCGGGGCCGGCGUUGUUUGUGGCUGUCAUGGGCUGCCGUAAAGAACCUACGCAAGCAAAACACUGAUGACAUUUUCAGGUAAAACUUCAAGGCCAGUUUAGUCACUCAGCUUUUCCCCUGCGUGUGAGGCGCACGCACUGUGGCUGCGAGCUGAGGCUGUGAAGCUUCUCAAGGAAGUAGCUGCGGUAAAGCAGCCAGGAGGGGGGGUGCCGCCCCCUGAGAUGGCCUUCGAGGCUGUGGCUUGCAGGCUUUGAGAACCUCUGCAGUUUCCCCUCAGAGUCGGGCAGCGGUGAUGACAGGCACAGCCGCAGCACAGGUGCUGCCGCGAUUGGCACAUUUCCACUCUGCUGUCAUAUUCUCCCCCAUCCCAGUGAGGGGUGAAACUUUGUUUCCUUUGAUCUGAUGACCAGAGAUGAUAGGACGAUUGGGCGAAAGAGCCAGGAAGCACCGCCCGCAAGUAAACACUGUCUGCCUUUCCACCCUCUUUCUUCUCGCCCUCGGUUUUGCAUUUCUCGUGCUUUCCCCCUUGCCAGAUCUAAAAGCCCAAGUCGAGGCUUGCUGUCAGGCCGAGGAGAGCAAGCGUCCUUUCACACCUCCAGCGCAGGACAGCACCCCAGAGAGCUGCCCCCCGGGCGGAAGCCCUUUCUGCUCUCCCCCUGCAGAGUGACCCACACCUCCCUCCGAGCGUUCUCCUUCUCUGCAGAUCCUUCCACCACGUGACCAUUUAUCUGUCCGCAAGUCCACCUUCUGGCUGAAUCUGCAGUUCUUGAAUGCAGAGUUUGGUCCUGCCUGUUCUUAGACCUGCCAUCCCUGGCCCGUGCUCGGCACAAAGAAGGCCAGGGAAGUCGGUGUUGUCGAGCUGAUGCGCUAAAGACCAUCGCACACUGCGAGUCUGGAUGCCCCGUCCAGCUGGGCUGCAGCCGGCUGGAUAAGACAAGUGGAAGCACCUGGAUUGAGGUGUCCCCACGGCCGCCGCCUCCUGCUCCAGAGAAUGGCUUAGUUCCCGCUCUCAGGCCUCUCUGAAGGCGAAGACAGAACCUUACAAGGAACACUUUCGGGUCCUGCUUGCUUUGUUCCAGCCCUUGCUCUAGGGCUGUGCCUGGAUGACUCAUUGAGUUCCCAAAACAGGCUUAGGAAACAGGGAUCACUUUCCCGUGUCACGGAGGAGGAGGAUUUCUGGAGGCAGAAGCUUUCGACAGUGAGUAGAGACUCAGAGCCUGGGGAGCUGAGAUCUGCUAAUUCCAUCUGUUCAUCUGUAAACUGGAAACCAAGACUUAGCCGCUGGUGGCACAGUGAGGUACCAGCAGGGCUGGGUAAGAGUCCAAAGUCCUUGUCACUUUGUGCUUUCCCACCAUCCAGAUAGGAAGCUUUUGGAGGGCAGGUACUUGUGGGUGCUUUACUGGAGACUGGAGGCCAAGAGCAUACCUUUUCAGAACUCCGGGGUUUUCUACUCCUCAUGCAACCUCUGCAACUGGGAUAAGCAAUAUAUUUCAAUUUUAUCUUACAAUAGAGAAACUGACAGAUACAGAAUUCCUUAAGCCAGUAGUUCUUUGUAUGUAAGCCCAGGAAGUUGGAUGGGGAACAAAAUUACAUCUUUAUUUUCAUUCAACCUUAAAAUUCAGCAUUUUCUUAAAUUAGGAAUAUAGGCAAAAAACUACAGUAGAACCAGCAGGACUUGUGACUCAUCAUCAGUAGAAAUCACAGAUAUUUUCAUGCCACAUUACAUGUUGUAGAUAUCUCAAAAUAUUGUUUGUACUCAUCACUACUUUGAAAUUAUGGCAGAUCACUGCUAGGUCUUAUUAUUUUCAUGCACCAAUGAGCACAUAUGUUGCUAUAUUACAGUUUAAAAAAUAUUUCAGUAUAAUUAACUUCCUCUGUAACCCAAUGUAUUUUAUUUCAUGCAUUUAAAUACAAAGGCUUCACUAGACUACCAAAGAUUAAGAAAAAAGGUUAAGAAUCUUUGUUUAAAGAGAAUGUUACAUUAGGGCUCUAUUAACCUCUCAUUCACUAAUUUGCUAUGGAUCAUAAGUUAAUAUAAUAUGGACGUCUUUUGAAGCCCAGUAAGGGGAGUUCAGCUCCUAAAACAUUGAAAGGACAGUUUAUUACUAAGGGAUUCACAUAGAUUUAAUAACAAAGAUGGCAUUAUAGAAAGUAUAUUGAUUCAAUCUACAUUUUCUGGAUAAAAUGAUAUAUGCAGAACUUUUCAACUGUCAUUAAAUGGAAAUAAAACUUGAUGCGUAGGGCAGUUCAUGAAAACUAUUAAAGACCAUAAAUAAUUGAUAGGCUGAGGUUGUGCUAAUGCCACUUCAUACCUCCCUAACUGAUUAAAGUUUUUGCGAGUUCUGAAGUUAACUGUAAAAACAAUAGCUAACAGUUGAGAAUGUCAUUUUUCUAGCAUCUUCUCAAUUAGGGUGAUACACAUUAAACAUAAACCCUUAUACCCUCUGGCCACUGAAGAUACAGAAUUCAUAUUAGGAAAACUCAAGGUUGGAAGUUUGAGGCUUUUAGAAAUAUGAGGCUUAUUUAAUAAAAAUUAAAAUCUUACAUCAUCACCACCACAGAAAAUGCAAAAGUUUGUCUGUGUAGGACAUUUUGUCUUUUUUGAAAUAACGCUAUAGAAAUACUCAUGCCAGGAAAAAUGUUGCUGGUUUUUGUUGUUGUCUUUACUACAGGUAUUGAGCAGGCUGGGCUUUCGUGAUCAUUCCUUCUGCUCCGGAAACAUUUUAGGUGGAAAGGUCGCUCCCAUAAAUCACUGAUACUCUUAUUGGUAUUUGUAAGUUUCUUCAGUUGGGUAUUACUUCUGCUUUGCAGAAAUUAUCUGCUUGGAGCCAUGCAUAAUUUAUAACAAUCUCUGGCGAGGCCUCAGAAAACAAGAUAAGCUUUUGUUGCAGAUGGAUGUCCGAGGCUGUGACAGAACCCAGUGAAAACACUGCCUGGGUGGCACGAGGCUCUGCCAGCGGUGACUCCAGCAGAGGGACAGCCUCUUGGGGCUUCCUUCUCUUGAGGAGUGUGACACACAUAAAAAGGAAAAAGGAGACACAAGCAACACACAGUUGCCAAAGAAAUAGGAGAGGGAGCUCUUCAGAGAACGCAGGGCUGCAGCGGACUCCAUGCUCGUGCGCAGGAGGAAAUGGCCCAAGAAGUAAAUCUGAAUUCCCUGAAGGAGUUGGAGCGCGAGGCCAUUCUCCAGGUCCUGUACCGAGAUCGGGUGGUCCAAAACACAGAGGAGGAGAGGAUACGGAAACUGAAAACGCAGCUGCAGCACCUGCGAUGGAAAGGGGCGAAGAGCGCCAGCCAGGAGUACAAAGAGAAGUCCUGUGCCCGCUGCCAGCGGGUGCUGGGGCGGCUGCUGCACCGGGGGGCCGUGUGCCGGGGCUGCAGCCACCGCGUGUGCUCCGAGUGCCGGGUGUUCCUGAGGGGGACGCACGUCUGGAAGUGCACCGUGUGCUUCGAGGAUAGAAAUGUGAAAAUAAAAACUGGAGAAUGGUUCUAUGAGGAACGAGCUAAGAAAUUUCCAACUGAAGGCAAGCAGGAGACAGCUGGGGCAAAGCUCUUGCAAUCUUAUCAGAAGUUGAGCAAAAUUUCUGUGGUUCCUCCUACGCCACCUCCCCUCAGUGAGAGCCAGUGUGGCCGCAGCCCUUGCAGGUUACAGGAACUUGGUCAGUUUAAAGGAUUUAAUAAGUCCGUGGAAAAUUUGUUUCUCUCUGUUACCACCCACAUGAAAAAGCUCUCCAAGUCCCAGAAUGACAUGACUUCUGAGAAGCAUCUUCUGGCCACGGGCCCCAGGCAGUGUGCAGGCCGGACGGAGAGACGGAGCCAGUCUGACACUGCUGUCAACGUCACCACCAGGAAGGUCACUGCAGCAGACGUUCUGAAGCCUCUCAAGCAAGAGGACCCCAGAUAUGCUACUCUCCCUGUCGUGAAGCGAGGGCAUCUCUCCGCCAGUCCCACACCCGGCGGGUCGUUCUCUGGAGGCUCAAGACACGGAAGUUUAAUUAGCAUUAACAGCACCUGUACAGAGAUGGGCAAUUUUGACAACGCUAAUGUCACUGGAGAAAUCGAAUUUGCCAUUGGUUAUUGCUUUAAAACGCAUUCUUUAGAAAUAUGCAUCAAGGCCUGUAAAAACCUUGCCUAUGGAGAAGAAAAGAAGAAAAAGUGCAAUCCGUACGUAAAGACCUACCUGCUGCCUGACAGAUCCUCCCAGGGAAAACGCAAGACUGGAGUGCAAAGGAACACGGUGGACCCGAGCUUUCAGGAGACCUUGAAGUACCAGGUGGACCCCGCCCAGCUGGGGACGCGGCGGCUGCAGGUCUCCGUGUGGCACCUGGGCACACUCGCCCGGAGAGCGUUUCUUGGAGAAGUGAUCAUUCCCCUGGCCACGUGGGACUUCGAAGACAGCGCGACACGGUCUUUCCGCUGGUAUCCGCUCAGGGCCAAGGCUGAGAAAUGCGAAGAUGGCGUUCCUCAGAAUAAUGGAGAACUUGCAGUCCGGGCUAAGUUGGUCCUCCCUGCAGGACCCAGAAAACUCCAGGAGGCUCAAGAAGGGACAGAUCAGCCAUCACUUAAUGGUCAACUCUGUUUGGUAGUGCUGGGAGCCAAGAAUUUACCUGUGCGGUCAGAUGGUACCUUGAACUCAUUCGUGAAGGGUUGUCUCACCCUGCCUGACCAACAAAAGCUGAGGCUGAAGUCCCCAGUCCUGAAGAAGCAGGCUUGUCCCCAAUGGAAACACUCCUUUGUCUUCAGUGGUGUGACCACGUCUCAGCUGAGGCAGUCAAGCUUGGAGCUGACGGUCUGGGACCAGGCCGUCUUUGGCGUGAACGACCGCCUGCUGGGGGCAGCCAGACUUGGUUCAAAGGGAGAGGCGCUUGGUGGCAUGGAUUCGUGCUCACAAUCAAAGCUUCAAUGGCAGAAAGUUCUUUCCAGCCCCAACUUGUGGACUGACAUGACACUUGUCCUGCACUGAGGUGAAGGGGUGAGAAGCGCUGAGUGCCUGUGAGGGGCUAGGAACUGGGCGUGGGGCCACAGCUGGGUAAGACCCUCUCGACAAGCAGUCUCCACCUGCAGUCAUGUGGCUAAAGCAGCCAUCGGUAUCUUUGUCUAUUUAAUUUGAGACAUGGAAAAUGGCCAGAUUUCAAUAAAUGUUCAGUUGCUGUGUCUCCCAGACCUUGUCAAGUAGUGACAACUACAGCUUUGUCACGUGCACUUGGAAGAGGAGGCGGCGGCUGGUGAUUAAGAUCCUGCCUCCUCUCCUGUGGACAGUCGUUUCCAGAGCUGGCCGGCCCACAGGGUGUGGGAGACCAGGCUGCUCUGUGGCGGGCCGCCCAGCCCUUCUAUUUAUAGGUCUGCGGUGUGGGAUUCAUGUGCACGUGACAGCUUAACCGACAGGGAGAAAGCACGUGAGUGAGCAGAACCAAUGGCACAUGGAAACUGAUGUCCUCACGGCUUUUCAAGGCUGUGGGAUGGAACCAGAGCAAAGUUCUUCUGGUGGAAAUGCAGAGAUGCACAGACCAGAGUCCCUUCGUGGCUGGAGUCUGAAUGGUCAUUAUAGUGUUUUGUGUAUUUUCCAAACAAGUAGCUUUGACAGAAAACUGGAGUGUGCAUAGUCAAUUACAUGCACAAAGAACACUAAAUCAUUUUUACAGAUGUGAUUAUAGCAGUUAAUCAGCUUAUCACUGCCCUCACAUCAGAUCAAGUGCUGUGGUUACAUGGUUUUAAUAGGUAAUUCUUUUAUUAUUCUGUAAAAGGUAACAAAAUAUACAGAAGGAAACUUUCCCUUUUUAAAACUAAUGUUACAAACCCACGUUAUCACUUAUAAAUACUAUACUCUAGAGCCGAUCAUUAAUUAGGCAUAAGUCCAACAAUGUAUUCUUCUGUUAAGCAAACCCCCAAAAAAAA